AUGAAUCCUUCAAGCAAAGCGGCGCCAAUGACAAAAGAUGAGACGAUGCUCCUCGUGCAGCUUGUGGCGGCAAGUGCAUUUAUAAAUAACAAAACAACAAAUGCCACUAACAACAAACUCAAGGACCAGGCUUGGCAAACAUUAGCUGUUGAUUUUAAUUCGUCAGUUUCAAGUUACCAAAGAACUCCAGCGCAGCUACGUUUAAAAUGGGAUAACUUGAAGAAGGCCGCUCGUAAACGCUGCGCAAACAUGAGAAUCAGCCGUAAUAAGACUGGAGGAGGGAAUGACUACUUUCCACCUGACGAAGUCCUGGACAAAGUGGCAUCUUUAUUAGGCAACACAUGCACAGGUUUUUCUGUGGAGUUUGGUGGGGAUGCCACCAAUCCAAAUGUUCCUUUGGUGAUGGCUGAAAUAGAGAAUGUAGAGAUUUCGGCUGAAAAUAAACUUCAUUUCUCAAAUGUGCUCAAGUCUAAACAUGCCAUUUAA